AGCUAGAGGGAAAGCCAUGAACGAGAGCCUAGCCGUUCUCUUCCGACUGGGGAAGGCUCUCAGGUACGCAGACUCCGUGGAAUUCUUCGAGCAGUACGACGAUUGGCUCCUGAAGCAAGCUGGACUCUCAACCAUUACGCUAAUCAACCAGAAGGAGUGCGUGCGGCAGAUCUCGGAGCUGGCGAAGGAGGAUUUCUCUCUCCUCGAGGCUGCCGUAGCCACCGGCUCUGGCGUACAGAUGGAGCUUGGCGAGGACCUGUCGGCAAGUGUGGCUGAGCAGCUGGACGAUCUCCUGGAGAGACUGAAGACGGAGAAGAAAGGACGAGUGAGCGUGGACUCUGGAGCAGUGUCAGACAUGGACAGUGGGUCUGGGACGGCUCUCGAGGAAGAGGAAUCCAGUGGGAACAGAGGGAAGGUUGAAUGCACUUCCAGUUUUCCGUCUCAUGUGGUGGAAGAUGCGAGUAAGGAGAAAAGAGGUGUUGGAUUCAACUCUGUCGUAAAUGGGCAACCACAAGUAGAGAUGAAGCACGGUUCAAUGGAACGUAAGACUCUAGAAAACAAAACCUCCUCCUCUUCCUCCAUCUCUUCCUCCUCAUCUUCACGUCGACAAUACAUGAAAAGAAAGGGCGGGCUCGACACUGCGCAGCGAGAAACAAACGAUAACCGGACAGAUUUUUCCAGAACAUUCCCAGUGAAACCAAGUGGGUCUCACAACAGUAGGCACAGUGAGCAGAGAUUCAGAAGCCCCAGGGCUGAGGUAAUUGAACAUCCGCCACCUCACAGACGGUUCGGGGAUUCGGGGAGUGGCAGAUCGAAAACAGCACCUCUUGCGUCGUCUGAUAAGCCAGAUAGUGAAGUGAUCGACAGCAGAGAAGGUUCGCCUACCGAGGGGGGACCGUUUAUUACCCACUGGGGCAAGGGACGUUGGAGAAGAAACGGCAGUGGAGCAGUUCGAGACCGCGGGAGGCGGCAGUACAACCCCAAUCACUACACCUCUAACCCCAGGGGGCCGAAAGUUGGGUCCCCGGGGGUUAACAAGAUGCGAUACCCUCCGUCCAGAGGUCGUUCGUUCGGGUACCACCCACGACCCGAGAGAGACUCUCUACAGGGUGUGGGAUCAGACAAAGGGCAGGAUAAGGGGCUACAACAGAAGAGAGAGGAUGUAGUUGGAUCUCAGCAAAAGCUCGGGAAACCUCUCGGUAAUGUACAGAGAGAUACAUAUCCACAGCAGAGACAAAAAGAGGAAAACUCGGUGGUGGUGCCUCGAGGAGAAAACUCUUCUGAUGAGACUACGAAGAAGGAUGUUGCACCUGAUACCAUGUCUUCGAAGAGCUCUGCAGCUCCAAUGAAGACGACGACAGAGUUGUCUGCAAAACAUGGACCUCAGUUGGAGAAGUCCCAGAAAAAACUGAGCUAUGCUAGUGUUACUAGUUCGAGCAGUGGUUGCCCUACUGUGAGUGGUAAGACUGCCAGGAGUAGUCCAAAACCGCCACCUGCACCUGGGUGUCCUGAUGCUGAUAGCCACGAGGAUAAAGGAUCUACCGCUGGUGCCGUUAAUACAAGUGCAGACUCUUCAAAUUGUCCUACAGUUACUGUUAAUACUUCCACAGCGGCCGAUACCAGUAGUACAGGCCAGGUAGCUGCAAACUCUGUCACUGCUACCAAAACAAUUGCCACUGGUACCAAAGAGCCCACCAAUGACCCUAUCACCACC